CGGACAUCUUGUGGCUGUGUCGUGCGCGUGAGCCCCGUAGGGCCGGGGAGGCACCAGCUGCCGCGCGGGGAGGAGGCCGAGGCCGCAGCUUGAGGGAGGCCCCGGCCCCUCUGCGCCUGUGUCUGGCAGAGCCGGUGUGAGACCAAGAGACAAUCCUUCCCAGCCGCCGGGAUAAUCAAGAGUUUUGGCCGGAACUUUGAACACACACCGAGAUAGUGAGGAGCCAGACGAAAAGCACAGACUAUGGCGCUGAAACGGAUUAAUAAGGAACUUAGUGAUUUGGCCCGUGACCCUCCAGCACAAUGUUCUGCAGGUCCAGUUGGGGAUGAUAUGUUUCAUUGGCAAGCCACAAUUAUGGGACCUAAUGACAGCCCAUAUCAAGGUGGUGUAUUCUUUUUGACAAUUCAUUUUCCUACAGACUACCCCUUCAAACCACCUAAGGUUGCAUUUACAACAAGAAUUUAUCAUCCAAAUAUUAACAGUAAUGGCAGCAUUUGUCUCGAUAUUCUAAGAUCACAGUGGUCUCCUGCUUUAACUAUUUCUAAAGUGCUUUUAUCCAUUUGUUCACUGCUAUGUGAUCCAAACCCAGAUGACCCCCUAGUGCCAGAGAUUGCACGGAUCUAUAAAACAGACAGAGAUAAGUACAACAGAAUAUCUCGGGAAUGGACUCAGAAGUAUGCCAUGUGAUGCUACCUUAAAGUCAGAAUAACCUGCAUUAUAGCUGGAAUAAACUUUAAAUUACUGUUCCUUUUUUGAUUUUCUUAUCCGGCUGCUCCCCUAUCAGACCUCAUCUUUUUUAAUUUUAUUUUUCGUUUACCUCCCUCCAUUCAUUCACAUGCUCAUCUGAGAAGACUUAAGUUCUUCCAGCUUUGGACAAUAACUGCUUUUAGAAACUGUAAAGUAGUUACAAGAGAACAGUUGCCCAAGAUUCAGAAUUUUUUUAAAAAAUGGAGCAUGUAUAUUAUGUGGCCAAUGUCUUCACUCUAACUUGGUUAUGAGACUAAAACCAUUCCUCACUGCUCUAACAUGCUGAAGAAUCAUCAGAGGGGGAGGGAGAUGGAUGCUCAGUUGCCACAUCAAGGGAAGCAGCAUUAUUCUAGCAGCAUCCAUUCUUGUGUAAGCCUUCCACUGUUAGAGAUUUGAGGUUACAUGAUAUACUUUAUGCUCAUAACUGAUGUGGCUGGAGAAUUGGUAUUGAAUUUAUAGCAUCAGCAGAACAGAAAAUGUGAUGUAUUUUAUGCAUGUCAAUAAAGGAAUGACCUGUUCUUGUUCUACAGAGAAUGGAAAUUGGAAGUCAAACACCCUUUGUAUUCCAAAAUAGGGUCUCAAACAUUUUGUAAUUUUCAUUUAAAUUGUUAGGAGGCUUGGAGCUAUUAGUUAAUCUAUCUUCCAAUACACUGUUUAAUAUAGCACUGAAUAAAUGAUGCAAGUUGUCAAUGGAUGAGUGAUCAACUAAUAGCUCUGCUAGUAAUUGAUUUAUUUUUCUUCAAUAAAGUUGCAUAAACCAAUGA